UCGGCUUGACAUCUGUUGAAUACAUUUAGAAGCGUGGUUCUGUUCAAGUUGACAAGAUGUUUGAUCCAAUACUAUAUACAAAAUGCAUUGAUUUUGCGGCGAAAAAACAUCGAAAACAAAGACGACUUGAUCCGGAACAAACUCCGUACAUUAAUCAUCCCAUUGGUGUUGCAUAUCUAUUAACGGAAGCAAAUGUCGUGGAUUUGAAUAUAUUGAUGGCCGCAAUUUUACAUGAUACCGUUGAGGACACCGACACAACCUAUGAAGAAAUUGAACAGUUGUUUGGAAAAACCAUUCGAGAUAUUGUCGCCGAAUGCAGCGAUGAUAAAUCAUUACCCAAACAGGAGAGAAAACGUUUACAAAUUGAACAUGCCCUGGGAUCAUCACGCGAAGCAAAACUUGUUAAAUUAGCCGAUAAACUCUACAAUCUACGGGAUUUGGAGCGAACUCUUCCAACCGGAUGGACUGAGGAUCGUCGCUGUGAGUAUUUCAAAUGGGCCAAACAGGUUGUUGAUAACUUACGCGGAACCAAUGACCACUUGGAGAACGCUUUAGAUGAGAUUUUUAAGAAGCAAAAUUUAAUGUGAUCAAUUAUGUGAAAGAGAAACUCGAAUUGUUAUCGAUAUCAAUUAUUUUAUUUGAUGGUUAAUCGCGCCAUCAUUUACGAAUACAAAAGAAAAGAGAAUCGAAAAAUAU